GAGUCGUUAUUGGCCAUCGGUGCUAUCUCUCAAGCCCAGAUGCUUGAGGAUCUGUCGAAAGAUCAGUUGGACGCAAUGCCGUCAGCACUCGGCCCUUGGGGUACUAAAAUGGCUCAACCAGGUGGACUUCUCAACCACCAUCACAGGUCGGCUUUACUGCAUCACGUCAAAGCGGUUUCGAUAUACAGACAACGGAUUCAGGACCCAUCAUCGACCUCACCACGAUCAGUCAUCAUCAUGACGCUGCUGCUCGUAGGAUUCGAGUUCAUCCAAGGCAACAUGAAUAACGUCGACACUCUGACUGGUACGGGUAUGCGUCUUCUUGAGAACAGGAUUUCGCUCACGCAGCGUCCGCCGCGUCCCUCAAACGAGAACGGAGACAUCUCGACAGAAUCCUCGCAGCCCUCGUCCGCACAGGUAAGAAGAGGCGUGCGUGACGAUGAGAUGGAGGACAUCGAGCACCUCUUACCAUGUUUCUCCCUGAUGAGCGGUUUUACCCACUUCUUCAACUCGCACCGCACCGCCAUGCCAAUGAUGAACAGCACCCCUAUCCUCGAGCUACCUCAGCCAGGCGUCACAGUCAUCUCCAAACUCGAAGUCUUCUGGGGUCAGUUCUUUACACGCGCAGUCGUACAUAUCAUGCGCUCGCUGCACGGCCAGCUCCGAUACAAGCAGCGGAACAUAACGCAAGCCGCCUUAGAGCAGGCUACGUUCCUGUCAUACAUACGAAUGUGGGACUCAGUCCUGGACGUGUAUCUCAAGGACCCUGCUCUCGAGGAUAACGGAAGACGAGCCUUGCGAAAGAUACAGAUCCAUCGGCUCUUGAUCCACAUCGUUAUUAGCUGUAGUCUCGACCGAACCGACAUGUGCUAUGACGCAUUCGAGGCGGACUUCAGAGACCUCCUUAACAGGAUUGUGACGUACCUCCGCGACCCGGGACCGAUCUCAAAGGUCGGCUUCACCUUCACCGAGGGGCUCACAACACCGCUCGCCACCAUAGUCGCCAAGUGUCGUAACCACGAGCUGAGAAUGCAAGCUGUCCACCUCCUCAAUAACAUGGCAUGGAGAGAGAGCGCCUGGGAUGGAAAAGCGCUAGUCAUUGGAAAAUCGGGUGUGGUGAUGCUGGAAGAGAGAGGGAUGGACGCUAAUGGGUUCAUACCGUCUGGGUCGAGAUGGGUGUGGAUGUCAGGUAAAUGGGAUCUCGAGAAACGGGAACUUGUCGCCACGUACUUGAGACUGAUGCCUAACGAGGACGGUACACCGGUUCAUGCGCAUCUGGAGCUCGACAUGGAUAACUUGCUAGAUACUUGUAGCAUGGUGGGAUGUCAUGGGCGGCAUGAUCCUUUCGAGUGUUAUCAAGAGUGAUAGAGGAGCUUCCUGUCAGAGCCCUCCCGGAUAGGGG